AUGCCAGGAUGGUGUGAACAAGAACUUUUUUGUGGUUGUGCAGGUUGGAUUUGGAGAUUGGAUGUAACGCGGUACGAAACGCAAGUGAUCUGUUGUCAGUAGGAAUUAACUGUAUGGAUAUUACCGGGGAAAUAAAUAUUUUUUGAAGAAUGGAUUCUCCGCCUGACCUGGAAACAGUUUACCAGGCUGUAUAUUCUUUAUAUAAUAAUUCAAAUCCUUCGGGGCCAGGAAAAACAUCUCAAUGGCUGGACGAAUUACAAAAAUCAGUGUUUGCAUGGAAAAUAGCAGAUGAAAUGCUACAGCAAAAACGAGAUGUUCAGUCUUGUUAUUUUGCUGCUCAAACAAUGCGUACUAAAAUACAACUAUGUUUUCAAGAAUUACCUGUAGAAGCUCACACUUCUUUAAGGGAUUCUUUAAUGAAUCACAUAUCACAAAUUAAUGAACAUACCAAUUCUGCUAUUGUUACACAGUUGUGUCUAGCGCUAGCAGACCUUGCGUUACAAAUGUCUUCUUGGCAAAAACCAGUUGUGGAUUUAAUUCAUAGAUUUGGAGGAUCAACUGCUAGUCUGUGGCCAUUACUUGAAGUAAUGACAGUAUUACCAGAAGAAGUAAAUUCAAGAUCUCUUAGAAAAUGUGUCUAAAAAAUGGUGGAGAGAAUGUACAGAUUCGUGUUACAAUUCUUAGAUGUUUUACAAGUUGGAUUGCAGUACAUGCUAUAUCUCUUGUACCUACAAGUGAUGUUAUUAUAUAUACCCUUCAGAUACUUGGAAAUCAUAUGGUUGGAUCUCAAUUACAUGAAGCAGCUGCAGAUUGUAUAUGUGUAAUUUUGCAAGUUUUGGAAGAAGAUAAUAAUAGCAAUCGGGGUAAUAAUAGUGAGGAAUCUAAUAUACAGCUACAACAGUUACAGCUAUUUCUGUUUACUAGUGUAAUGUCUCUAGAACAGCCGUACCAUUUAUCUGUUGCACAUGAAGAUAUGGACAAAUCGAUAAAUUAUUGUCGGAUUUUUACGGAGUUAGCGGAAACUUUCUUAGAAACCAUGGUAAAUGGUUGUUUAGGAGGGAAGCAACAUUAUGCUAUAAAAAUUCUUGACCUUGUCUUAGUAUGUGUGGGGCAUCAUGAUUAUGAAGUGGCACAAAUAACUUUCAAUUUGUGGUAUCGUUUAUCUGAUAUUUUAAUCCUCUACCAAAAAAACAGCGAAGAUCUAUAUGCAGUGUUCCGGCCUCAUAUUGAAAGAUUAAUUGGAGCACUAUGUAGGCAUUGUCAAAUGGAACCAGAUCAUUUGGGUCUGGUGGAAGAAGGAGCUGGUGGAGAAGAAUUUGCAGAUUUCAGGAAUCGUGUUUCAGAUCUAAUAAAGGAUGUUGUAUUUGUAGUUGGAAGUAGUCAUUGUUUUCGACAAAUGUUUUCAUCCCUGACGGGUGGACCAGGACCACAGGGUCAAUCUAAUCAUGUACCUACAUGGGAUUCAACUGAAGCUGCUCUAUUUGUAAUGCAAGCAGUUGCAAAAAAUAUUUUGCCAAAAGAAAAUGAUGUAGUACCGAAAGUAGUAGAGGCUAUUUUAAACUUACCAGAAAACACUCAUGUAGCUGUACGUCAUACGAGUAUACUUUUAUUGGGAGAACUUUGUGAAUGGAUAGAAAAUCAUCCACAAUCUUUAGAACCUGUUUUAAAUUUUCUUUUGACUUGUCUAAGUCAAAAGGGUUUAGGAAGUGCAGCUUGUGGUGCAUUAUUAAGUAUAUGUACCGCUUGUCCAUCACAUAUGGCUUCUCACUUUCCAGGAUUAUUGCAAAUCGCACGUUCUCUUGACAGUUUUGCUAUUAGUAAUGAUGCCGCUAUUGGCUUACUUAAGGGAGUAGCAAUAAUUAUGUCAACUUUACCACGUGAAGAACUUACACAAGCUAUGAAAGAAUUAUGUUGGUUUCAAGCAAGACCGUUAUGUGAAAUUAUGGAACAUAGAAUUCCAAUUGAAGUAGGAACAAAGACUGAUCCUGUAGUAUGGUUAGACAGAUUAGCUGCCAUAUUUAGGCAUACUGAUUUGGAUCCUCCAAUUGAGGAUCGAUUUGAACCUCAUCCUUGUCAAAGCGCUGUUACUGAAAUGUGGCCAAUAUUAUCAAACGUAUGUACAACAUAUCAAUAUGAUGCAAAAGUGAUGGAAAGGUGUUGUCGUUGUUUAAGAUUUGCUGUUCGUUGUGUAGGAAAACAUUCCGCCCAUCUUCUUGAACCACUUGUAAAACAGAUUGUGCAAUUAUACGCAGCUCAUCAACAUAGUUGCUUUUUGUAUCUUGGUUCGAUAUUAGUUGAUGAAUACGCUACAGAUUCGGAAUGUGUCCCUGGUUUGUUAAAAAUGCUGGAAGCUUUUAUUGGACCUACUUUUAAUAUUCUUCAACAACAAGAUGGACUAAAAAAUCAUCCGGAUACAGUAGAUGAUCUGUUUAGAUUAUGUGCCAGGUUUCUUCAAAGAGCUCCAAUACCUUUCUUGUGCUCGGUUGUUAUAGAAAGCAUAAUUGAUUGUGCCUUAAUGGCCUGUAGUUUAGAUCAUAGAGAUGCAAAUGUUUCAGUAAUGAAAUUCUUUUAUGAUCUUUUGCACUGUGGUCGUAACAAUGAGAAUCGGACAGAUUAUACAUUACGUCGGGAAUUAGUACAAAGCAUAUUAAAAGAAAAAGGACAAACUUUAGUCAUAAGGCUACUUCACGCAUCCGUGUUUUCCUUAUCAUCGUACAUGUUAUCUGACGUAGCAGAUGUUUUAAAUGAACUUUCUGUAACUAAUAGACAACUAUUAUCCAAAUGGUUAGAAGAAGCUAUCAAGACGAUGCCAUCACAAAAUGCAGGUGGUUCUCCUACAGCACAACCUGAACAGCUGUUUGAAUUUCAUAAUACGGUUGUAAGGUAUAAUAAACAAUUUUUAAUAUUGUCUAUAUUUGAAGUACAAAAAUUUCGUAUAAUUUUUCUGACUUUCAGAGCGGAGACAGCAAAAUCUAUAAAUCAUGCCUUACGUAAUUUUGCACGUUUAUAUCGCUGAUACAUUUUAAUUUAAAAAUUAAGGUUAAAAAUGUCAAAAUUAUAAACAGCAAAAAUCUUCCAAAAUCCUUCAUUUAAUUGUUAUAUUUGAAGGUAUUCAAAAAAAUGAUUAUUAUGAAAUGGUAAGUCUAUGCUGUAUAAAUGUAUUAGCGAAGGUUUUUAAAUAUUUUAUACUUGUUUACUAUCUACACAUUCCUUCACAAAGUAUGUAAAAUGGAUAUAAGUCAAUACAAUGUGUCUUAUUACAUAUUAUUACGUAUUUCUUAAUUUUACAUAUAAACAUUAUAUUUGAUAACUUUUUUUAACAUAUGUAUUUUGCUGUUAAAAAUACUAAACAUGGAACUUUACGUACUACUUACGUUUUAAUUAUUUACGUUAUAUUGACUUUACAUACAUUAUAUUGACAUACAUUAUUUUAUUGCAUUUAUUUGUUUCUUGUAAUUUAUGAGUAUAUGAUAAAGAAGACUAUCCAGAUUACCUAUUAUAUUAGGUAUGUAUCUAGUCAACUAUUUGAAAUAACAUUACACAUACUUUGUAGAUAAAGUGCAGGUAGUAAACAUUAAAAAAUCAGAGUGGUUAUAUAUUUUUGUGCUUUCCAUUCUAUUUACAUAAAUAUAGCACUGAUAUUGAUGCUAUUAAUUACAUAAAAAAGGAUACAAAAUAUAUAAUAUUCGACUUGUUACUUAUUAAAAUUAUUAUAAUAGGUUGUAUAAUAUUAUUCUACAUUUCUGUUUUUAAUGUUGCAACAAUUUUAGUAUAAGCUGAACAUUCACGAAUUUUUUUUAUAUAAUUAUAAUAAUAUAAAGAACAGAUAA